GUCCGCGGCCUUUGCGGGACCUACAACUGGAACCAGCAGGAGGAGUUCACCACCCCGGAGGGCGACGUGGAGUCCAGCGUGGCGGCUUUCGCCCACAAGUUCCAACUUUCCCACGCCUGCCCCGCCCCUACGGGCGACUUACUCUUCGAUUCCUGCAGCACGUACACCCAACGACGGCAAUACGCCGAGACGGCUUGUGCCGCCCUCCACGGCGCGCCCUUCCAGCCCUGCCACAACCUGGUGGAGCGGGAACCCUUCUACCAGUUGUGCCUGGAGGACGUGUGCAGCUGUUCGGCUGAGGAUGAUUGUCUUUGUGGUGCCCUGGCUGCCUACGCCCACCAGUGUGCCCAGGAGGGAGCUUUUGUGGCCUGGAGGAACCAGAGCUUCUGCNCGGUGCAGUGCUCUGGGGGCCAGGUCUACCAAGAAUGCGCCACCCCCUGUGGAAGAACCUGCGCCGACCUUCCGGCGGAAAAAUUCGGCAUCUGCGAGGACCUCCACCCUGCCUGUGUGGCUGGAUGCAACUGCCCGGAAGGUCUGGCGCUGGACCACGAAGGGCAGUGCGUCCAGCCGGCCCUGUGUCCCUGCCUGCACCAGGAGAAAGCCCACCCGCCCGGUAGCAAGAUUCAGAGGAGCUGCAACAGCUGCGUUUGUGUGAACGGGGCCUGGAGCUGCACAGAGGAGACCUGUCCCAGUGCGGUGCGUUGUCCCGGAGAGCUGAUCUACGCCAUCGACGCCUGCCUCCUCACCUGUGAGAGUCUCCAGAGUAACCUCAGCUGCGACGGCGCCUCCGAUGGCUGCGUGUGCCCUCCUGGCGCCGUUUUCCUGAACGAGCACUGUGUCCCCCCAGAGGAAUGUCCUUGUCACCACAAUGGCCACCUCUAUCUGCCCAACGAGACCAUCGCCAGGGAUUGCAACACCUGCAUUUGCCGAAAGCAGCGCUGGGAAUGCAGCCACCACCGCUGUGCCGCGACCUGCGUGGCCACCGGAGACCCCCACUACAUCACCUUCGACGGGCGGGCGUACACCUUCCUAGGGGACUGCGAGUACGUCCUGGUCCGCGAGAACAGCGGCGCCUUCACCGUCACAGCCGAGAACGUACCCUGCGGCACCAGCGGCACCACCUGCACCAAGUCCGUGGUGGUGCUGAUGGGCAGCAUGACAGUUCACCUGCUCCGAGGAAAGGACGUGACGGUGAACGGCGUCUCGGUCCGGCCCCCCAAGACCUACAGCGGGAAUGGGCUGACCUUGGAGAGAGCUGGACUCUUUCUGGUGCUCCUCUCUCAGACGGGGCUGACGGUGUUCUGGGAUGGAGGCACCCGGGUCUACAUCAAACUGGAGGCCAAAUAUCAAGGCCGAGUGGCAGGACUCUGCGGGAACUUUGACGGCGACGCAGAGAAUGACUUCUCCAGCCAACAAGGCAUUGUGGAGCCCACGGCAGACCUUUUCGGCAACUCCUGGCGCAUCAGCCUCCUGUGUCCUGAAGUCAACGCGGAGGACUUUGAGCAUCCCUGCACGGUGAAUUCUCACCGUGCGACGUGGGCUCGGAAGCGUUGCGGGAUCCUCCUUCAGGAUCUCUUCGCCCGCUGCCGUGAGGAACUGCCCUGCCAACAGUUCUAUGAGUGGUGUGUUUUCGAUGCCUGCGGGUGUGACUCUGGCGGGGACUGUGAGUGCCUCUGCACAGCCAUUGCGACGUACGCCGAGGAGUGCAUUCAGCGAGGAGUCCCCGUACGCUGGAGAAGCCAGGAACUCUGCCCCCUACAGUGUGAUCAUGGGAUGGAGUACGACCCCUGCGGCCCGGCCUGCCCGCCCACCUGCCAGAACUUCGGCCUGGAGCCCGCCGAACACUGCCCCAUGGAGACAGCUUCCUGCGUGGAGGGGUGCUUCUGCCCGGAAGGCAAAGUCCUGCAUGGUGGACGCUGCAUCGAUCCGUCGGAAUGCCCUUGCUUCUGGGAGGGUGCCUUGUUCCCGCUGGGGGCGCUGGUGACGCAGGAGUGCCGGAACUGCUCAUGUGAGGCAGGCCUGUGGCAGUGCACCGCCCCUCUGGAGACUUGCGGUGCCCCCUCCCACUGCGCCGAGACGGAGUUUGCUUGCCACGCCGGCGGGCGCUGCGUCCCGAAGGCCUGGGUUUGUGACAACGAAGACGAUUGUCGGGACGGUUCGGAUGAGCUCUGCCCCUCGAGCUGCGGGCCGGACCAGUACCGGUGUGCCAGCGGGCAGUGCAUCCCCUGGGGUUACCGCUGUGAUGGCACCACAGACUGCGCUGACCGCUCAGACGAAAAGGACUGCCCCUCGCCCGGCUGCUCGCCGCAGGAGUUCCGGUGCGGCAACGGCCGCUGCAUCCCACGCCGGGACCGCUGUGACGGGGAGCUGGAUUGUGGCUUUGCUGACCCCUCGGACGAGGCAGAUUGUGGACCAGCCUGCGGGUUGAACGAGUUCCGUUGUGCGGCUGGGCACUGCUUGUCGUACCUACACCGCUGUGACGGGCACGACGACUGUGGCGAUUUUAGUGAUGAACGGGGCUGCGUCUGCCAUCCUGGGGAGUUGCAGUGCCCGAGUGGUCGGUGCCUUCCCAAAGCUCUGAUUUGCGACGGCCGGCAGGACUGUCCCUCGGGCCUGGACGAGGCUUUCUGCCCAGGUCCAGUGAUGUGCGCUCCGGGCCAGCUGCCUUGUCCAAACGCCACUUGUGUGAGCCGUACGCAGGUGUGUGAUGGUGUGCACGACUGUGAAGAUGGCGCCGAUGAGGACCCUGCUCGGUGUCCGGGGAUACAGACCACACCUCUUGUGCCCACCGCUACACCAGCUUUCUCUGGAACCCAUCAUCCUGUCAUCAACAGAACUCUGGGACCACCCUGCGGGCGAUACGAAUUCCACUGCCACAGCGGAGAGUGCCAGCCGCGGGGCUGGGUGUGCGACAACGAAGCUGAUUGCCUGGACGGCAGCGACGAGUUACACUGCAACCGCACGUGCGAACUGGACCAUUUCCCCUGUGCCCGCGGGGCCGAGUGCAUCCACUACCAGCAGCUCUGUGACGGCAUCCCGCACUGCCAGGACCAGUCCGACGAGAGCAUUGACACCUGUGGCUCCACGCAGAUCCCCCCUUGCCCCGGGUUCUUCAUCUGCAAUGACCGGAUGUGCAUCAACGUAUCCCGUGUUUGCGACGGCUCGCCCGACUGCUCCCAGGGAGAAGACGAGCUCGCCUGCGAAAUCCCGGCGGCUCCACCAGGCGGAAGGAAUCAGACGGUCGGACCGUGUCCGGAAUAUUCCUGCGGCGACGGCACGUGUAUCGCCUUUAAACAGGUGUGCAACGGUCUGGCCAAUUGUGCGGAUGGCACGGAGGUUUCUGGUUGGCUGCCCUCUGAUGAGCGGGAUUGUGGCCUCUGGACCCCGUGGGCACCUUGGAGCAUCUGUAGCCGCUCGUGUGGGACGGGUCUCCAGAUCCGCCGGAGGAGCUGCACGCGGCGAGCGGACGACGUUCUCCGUCACUGCCUCGGAGAGGAAACCCAGGCCCAGCAGUGCUUCCUAGUGGCUUGUCCCGUUGAUGGCCAGUGGCGUGAAUGGGCCACGUGGUCCAACUGCACCGAGGAUUGCCGUGGAGUGGUGGUGCGUCACCGGGAAUGCCUCCCCUCUCAGAACGGAGGCCGUCAUUGUACCGAAGGGCUGGACGGAUCGGCUGCUUCGAUAGAGAUCCAGUUGUGUCAACGUGAGGACUGUCUCAAUGCAUCCACUUGCCCGGGGGAGCUGGUGAGCCAGAAGUGCGCCCCCUGUCCCACCUCCUGCACCGAGCUCUCCAGCCGUACAAGAUGCCGGAAGGACAGGCCCUGCCGGCCAGGCUGCUGGUGCCCCGAAGGCCUGGUCUUGAACAGUGAGCAGCAGUGCGUGCGCCCGCGAGAGUGCCCCUGCCAGGUGGGCGGCGUCCACUACUGGCCUGGCCAGCUGGUCAAGGUCAACUGCCGGAUCUGCACUUGCCAGGAAGGACAGAUGAAACGCUGCCGGCAGAACCCGGAGUGUACAGUGAACUGUGGCUGGUCAGCCUGGUCACCGUGGGGUGAAUGUCUGGGUCCCUGCGGGGUGCAGAGCAUCCAGUGGUCCUUCCGCAGUCCCAACAACCCGACCAAGCACGGCAACGGACGUCAGUGCCGCGGCAUCUACCGCAAGGCCCGGAGGUGCCAGACGGAGCCGUGUGAGGAGUGUGAACACCACGGCCGUACCCACGCCAUUGGCGACCGUUGGCGUUCGGGGCAGUGCCAAGUGUGCCAGUGUUUGCCCAACCUCACCGUCCAGUGUUCCCAGUACUGUCCCUACAGCACGGUGGGCUGUCCCGAGGGCCGGGUGCUGGUGAAGGGCCUGGCGGACGCCUGUUGUUACUGCAUGGAGGGGGAUGUCUGCUACGGGCCUCUGGGCAUUGCCUCGCUGCCGGACACCAGCUUCACGUCCUCCGCGCAGCAGCCGGAGAACCCGGCACACGCUGCUCGGCUCGGACGCCUUCUGCCUGGGGCAGAUUUGCAGGGUUGGGCCCCCCCAGCAGAAGUCUAUCCAGAGCUGCUGUCUCGGCCUCCCUUCCUGCAAGUGGAUUUGGGCGAGCCCAGGAACCUGACAGGGGUCGUCAUCCAAGGGGCAGGGACCUCCGAUGCCUAUGUGACCAGCUUCUUCCUCCAGUUCAGCCUGGAUGGCGAGAGAUGGCACGACUACCAAGAACUCUUCCAAGGAAACUCGGACGACGCGACGCCCGUCGCCCGGACCUUCCAGCGCAUGGUGCCGGCCCGACACGUCCGCCUCCUUCCCCACGACUUCCACAACGGCAUCUUUCUGCGCCUGGAGCUGCUGGGUUGCGGGAAAGUUUCCCCAGAGCAACCCGGCUGGCCCACGUCCCCGCCCGGAUGGAGGCCUUGCUGGGCUGGUGAGUUCCAGUGCCGGAAUGGACGCUGCGUGCCUGCCGGGCACCAUGGGGCCAUCUGCAAUGGCGUCGACGACUGUGGGGACUUCUCGGAUGAGCUGCGGUGCGGUGUCCCCAGGUGGAAGGCCGAUGCCGGGGGCCCAGAGUCCCACCCCGCCAGACAGAACAUGGAGCCAGGAUGGAGCCCCCGGCAGUCUGACCCCAACCCCUACUUCCAGGUGGACCUCCUCCAGCCUUUCUUCAUCACGGCGGUGGCCACUCAAGGUGGAGGCAGGUCUGGGGGAUUCAUCUCACGUUAUCGCCUGCUCUACAGCAAUGAUGGGGUCCAUUUUUGGAACUACAGUAAACCUGGUUAUAGCCCAGCCACAUCCUUGCAAGCUCAGGUUCUGGAGGGGAAUUCUGACAGCAUCACCCCGAUCCGGCAGGAGCUCAGCCCGACUAUCCUCGCCCGUUUCCUGCGCUUCGUGCCCGUGGAGUACCAGCAAAGCAUUGCCUUGCGCCUGGAGGUGUUUGGCUGUGCCUGGACGCCGACUCUCGUCCCUUCGGCUGGAAUGCCCCGGAUCCUGUGCGUACAGGGACAAUUUGCCUGCGAGACCUUGGGUUGCGUGGAAGCGGUAUUUGUGUGCGAUGGGCAGCAGGAUUGCCUGGACGGCUCCGACGAGGCCCACUGUGUGGACUGUAUCCUGUCUCCCUGGAGCCCCUGGAGCGAAUGCAGCCGAUCUUGUGGGCUGGGCGUCACCUUCCGGAGGCGCGACCUACUCCGCAACGCUCUCCCGGGUGGACGUUGUGACCGGGAUGAGUUUGACAGCCGGUCCUGCUUCCUCCGGGCCUGUCCAGUGAACGGAGCCUGGGCCUCCUGGGGCGAGUGGUCAGACUGCGACGCCGAGUGCCGGGGGGGCGUGAGGAGCCGUACCAGGGCCUGCGAAGACCCCCCACCCAAGAACAGCGGGCAGCUCUGUCCCGGAGAUGCCGUGCAGAUGGAAACGUGCAACCAACAGCCUUGCGGAGACGCCCGGGACUGCGGCCCAGACAUGGUCUUCGUACAAGCCGGGCACUGUGCCCGCGGCCUGGUGGACCCUUGCCCGCAGACGUGCCGCCAGCUAAGUGUCUGGAGGACCUGCCAGAGCAGCUGCGUAGAGGGUUGUCGCUGCCCCCCCGGUCUCUUCCUGCAGGAGGGAGGCUGUGUGAACAUCAGCCAGUGUCACUGCUUCUUUGACCAGGACCACCGUCGUCCAGGAGAGAUCUUCCUGAGGGACAACUGCAGCCAGUGCGUUUGUCUGGAUGGCACGGUGACCUGUGACUCGGUGGCCUGCCCGGUGAAGUGCGGCUGGUCGGCUUGGUCUCCGUGGACCCCCUGCAGCCGGAGUUGCGGAGUUGGGAUGCAGCAAAGGUUCCGGUCUCCCUCCAACCCGGCGGCAGCCAACGGGGGCGCCCCGUGCCAAGGAGAUGCCCAGGAGGUGCGCGAGUGUCACACAAGCUGCAUCACAGCUGAAACGGCUUUGCUCUGGAGCGACUGGACCCCCUGGUCCCCCUGCUCCAAGACCUGCUUCUACGCCCCGGAUCUGGUCGGCACGCGAAAACGAUUCCGGCAUUGCAACGGUACGGCGCAGGCCGUCGGGUGCGACGGAGAGAGCGUGCAGGACGAGGAUUGUGACACUCCCCUGUGCCCAGUGGAGGGAAUCUGGACCCCUUGGUCCGCCUGGUCCGUCUGCUCGGCGCCGUGUGACUCCGGGGUGCAGACCCGCAACCGCACCUGCUCCAAGCCGGCCUACGGGGGUCCCGGGUGCUCGGGCCCCCUGAUCCAGACCCGGGAUUGCCACACGCAGCCCUGCCGAGGGGAGUGCCCGGCCAACAUGGUGUAUCUGACGGCCGAGGAGUGUCGGCGGAAAGGGGGGGCUUGCCCCCGACUCUGCCUGGACCGGGGCGCCCAGGUGGAGUGCGCCUCCCCCUGCCAGGAGGGCUGCCACUGCCCCGAGGGUCUUUUCCUCCAGGACGGUUCCUGCGUGCAACUCAGCCGGUGCCCGUGCUACUACCAGGGGCAGAUUUACUCGCCGGGCACCGCCGUCUCCCGAGACUCGUGCAACAACUGCACCUGCAAGGAGGGGGAGAUGGUGUGUGGCGCAGAGCCUUGCCCAGCCGACUGUAGCUGGAGCCCCUGGUCCGCCUGGAGCGCCUGCAGCCGCACGUGCAACGUGGGGACGAGGCGGCGCUACCGGGCCGACGCCGAGCCGGAAGGGCGGCCCUGCCAGGGCUCCAAGGUGGACAUCGAAUUCUGCAGCCUGCAGCCCUGCCCAGGGUCCGGCAUGGAGUGGGGCCCGUGGUCGGAGUGCUCGGUGCCGUGCGGAGGCGGCUACCGCAACCGGACCAGAGCCGUCACCACCAUCCUGGCCAGGAUCGACUUUGCCACCUGCAACCUUCAGCCCUGCACAGGUGAGGUUCCAGGCACCUGCCCGGCGGGGAAAGUGUGGCGAGAGUGCAACGACGGGCCGGCUUCCUGCGCAGAGCUCAGCACCGAAGAUGACGUUGGACGCCGGAUGGCAUGCCAGCCAGGCUGCUACUGCCCCAAUGGCACCAUCUUGCUGGACAAUCUCUGCGUUCCGGCCGAGGAGUGUCCGUGCGCCGUAGAGGGCAGGCUCUAUGCUCCCGGUGAAGCGGUGACCGAAGGUUGCCAAAACUGUUCCUGCAUUGCUGGCCAGCUGGGGAAUUGCAGCCGUGCAGCCUGUGGAGACGGCGCCGCCGAAGACCGGAAUCUCUCCUCCUGGUUGGGGCUUCCCGAGUGGGAAUACGCCCAGCCGGGGGAGACCAUCUACGCACCCUGCCAGAACUGCACCUGCGUAGAUGGGCAGCUGCAGUGCCGGGCAGAUUCCUGGUGCCUCCUGGACGGCGCCUGGUCCGGCUGGGGACGAUGGUCUCCCUGCAGCCAGAGCUGCGGCACAGGUGUCCAGUACCGAUUCCGGGAAUGCAGCAACCCGCCCCCACAGAACGGAGGCCGAGGGUGCGCGGGGGGCGGCGAGCAGCAGAGACCCUGUCUGAAUCAGGAAGAGUGUCCAGAGGCGGAAACCUGGGACCCCUGGACCGCCUGGUCCCCCUGCAGUGUCUCUUGCGGAGGGGGAGAGCAGCUGCGCAGCCGACGUUGUCGCGAGCCGGAUUGCCGGGGUCUGUCCUCGCAAAGCAAGACCUGCAAUACGCACGUCUGUCUCGGGACCUCCACGCCCCCCUCCUCUGCUUCUCUCUUCCUGCCCCAGGAGUGCCCCUGUGUCCUGAGCGAGGAGGUUCUGCAGGGGUUCCGGAAACACUCGGACGAGACCCCCGAUUCGCCUCUGGUCAUCCUGACUGCUCAAGGCCGACGAGUCUCCCCAGGAGAAGAAGUGGCGCCCAAUAACACCAUCUCUGCCGCCUGCAGCAACUG